CGGACCGAAUAUCACUACCGUCUAUAGCCACCACCAAUCUGUUAACGAUUCACUGACCGAUUAAUCGCUUUUCGCCAACUGUACGUCUGUACGUAUAUCCACAUAAUUGUACAUAAUUUAUWACCAUAUUAUAUUUAAAACGCGAUUUCAGACAAUCGACGUUUCGGGUUUUGUAUAUCUUCCACCGCACACACAACCUGACUUGUCUGUGGAAAAUUGCAAAGGCGAUUACAUUCCAUGCGGAUGGCCGCCAUCAUGGAGCUGCGAGUGUUCGUGCUAUGUUCGUUCGUCUGGUGUUUCGGACAUGCCGCACAAUACGCGCCGAUCGACGGUGUGGACGGCAACGACUGUGCCGUUGUGCUAGAAGGAUCAAAACAUUUCAUUUACAACAGUGGAAAGGGUUCACCACACCGAUCGGCGGCUCACAUGUGUAUCACGUACGAUACGGUCAAUAGAGCUUUUCUGGACGUCCAAAACCGUCACACGCUGCUGGAACCCAACGACCAAUGGGGCCCGGUGCACUUUGCUAGACUUGGAGAGUUGCUGCUCGACGUGUCACAAGUGCUCACAAAAAUGUAUGACUUGAGCGCGGACGACGUGAACAAAUUCUUGCCUGCCAUUGAUACGUCCAAGACGCUUAUCCGGAACGUGUGCCCGUCUUGUUUGACGAGGGUGGUGUGCAAACCAGGCAAGUACCGUAGGCCCGACGGACUGUGCAACAAUGAAGACAACCCGACGUGGGGCGCCACAAUGUCAACGUUCAACAGAUUGAUGACACCACGGUUUUCCGACAAGUUGUCUGCACCCAAGGCGUCGGCUUCCGGACAACCACUGCCCAUGGCCAGAGUCGUGUCCCGAACCAUUCAUCCCGACGAGGGGCUGCACGAGCACGCCGGUACCGUUAUGUUGGUCGCUUGGGGACAGUUUAUGGACCAUGACUUGACGCUGACGGCCACUCCGUUGGACCCGGUGAACAGGAACGAACCCGAAGAAUGUUGCGGCCGUCCGGAUCACUUGAAGAACAAAUACUGUUAUGAGAUAAAAAUACCCGAGGAUGACAACUUUUACAGGAAUCACAACGUCAGGUGUCAGGAUUUUGUACGAGCUUUUCCGGGCGUCAAGCCCGACUGUAGAUUGGGACCUAGGUCCCCGUUCAACCUACUCACCCCGGUGAUCGAUGGCAACACCAUUUACGGAGUGGAUGAAACGUUUUCUCGGUAUCUUAGGUCCGGAUACACAGGACAGCUGAGAAUGAACCCGGCGUUCUCAAAUUUGGGACUGAAAGAACUGUUGCCUAUGAAAUUGAACAUCCCGGACGAAGGUUGCAUCAGAUCGAAUUCUUCUCAGUACUGUUUUGAAUCAGGUGAAAUUAGAGUGAACGAACAGCUCGUCCUCACGUGCAUCCAUACUCUAAUGGCCAGAGAACACAACCGGGUGGCUAAAGAGCUGUCUCAAAUAAAUCCGCACUGGAACGACGAAAUGCUCUAUCAGGAAGCCAAGAGAAUUACUGUGGCUGAAAUACAACAUAUAACGUACAACGAAUUUCUGCCCAUACUUUUAGGCAAAGAUGUGAUGGAUAAACAUAGCUUGACGAACAGAAAAAAAGGAUAUUGGAACGGAUACGAUUCAAACGCAAAUCCCAAUAUAUUGGCUUCGUUUUCGGCGGCGGCCUUUCGUUUCGGCCAUUCUCUGUUGCCGAAUGUCAUUGAACGCUGGAGCAAAGCUCAUGGUUUUAUCGCUUCCAAAAAAUUGUCUGACUUGAUUCGUCGGCCKUUCGAUUUGUACAGAGCAGGCGCCAUAGACGAGUACUUGAUGGGCCUUAUGAAUCAAGUUGCACAGGCAAUGGACGAUUCAAUAACACAAGAAGUAACUAACAAUUUGAUCAAAAAGCCGGGUAAAGGGUUUGGUUUCGACCUGGUGUCGUUCAACAUACAGAGAGGCAGAGACUUUGGGUUACCCGGUUACAUGGAGUUUAGACGCCACUGCGGGUUGACCGUGGCCAACAGAUUCGAAGAAAUGGCAGGAUUCAUGCCUAAUUCCACCAUACAACGUUAUCAGACGAUAUACUCAUCACCGUUUGACAUCGACUUGUGGUCUGGUGGAGUGUCAGAAAAGCCUGCACAAGGAAGUGUGGUUGGGCCGACGUUCGGUUGCAUAAUUGCAUCUCAAUUCAGUCUGUUGAAAAAGGGUGAUCGGUUUUGGUACGAAUURCCCGACCAACCAUCUUCGUUUUCACCGGAUCAGUUACAAGAGAUCAGAAACGUCCGGUUGGCGCGAUUGGUUUGCGACAACACCGACAUCAUAGACACGGUUCAAAUGUAUCCGAUGGUGUUGUCAGAUCAUGAACUGUACUCAAACGUAGAGAAAAGUCUCAAAUCUGGUAUGACGGAAGCAAAGAUACAGUUCUGUGACAACUGCAACUCAACGGCUAUGGACACAGGGAUCGGGAUGACAGACCCUGGGACGCGUGUGAUUACGAUCAUCGAAGCGACGGACGAGUUGGAUGGAAACACGGUAAUAAACUCAAACUCCAUAUUCAGCGGCAACGACAAAAGGCUAAAACGAGGCGUGGAAGCCGCUUCGUUGGCUGGCAAUGGUACGGUGGAUAGUGACGACGACCCGUCGUUGUCGGACGAGAUGAUGCUGGCUGGACUGGACGUACCCAAGGCAACGCCAAUCAAACGUGACACGGCCGACGGGCUGCCGGAUAUGACGCAAGCGAUCAUGGAACAGCGUGUCGACUACGACGUGGACGAGGAGUUCCAAGUGGCUAAUGGACAUGGGUUCGAUUCACCUAGAACCAGGCCGGUGAACAACUACCGCGGUUACAACAACCGCCACCCUGAUGAACACUUGGAAGACGACGGUGAUGAUUUUGAUGAUAGUGACCAUAAUUCGCACUACGAGUACGUGCCAAUGGAGUUCGACGACGAAGGCAACCACAGGCCACUAACUUUGCCAAACUACUUGGACUCUAAGAAGCCCGUCAAGUCCAGCAAGUAUGGUGCGUCCAAGGCGCCAUCAUAUCCACGGCCGCCCGCUUUUAAUAGUUAUGGAAACGGAGGCAGUAGUAGUGCAUCUCCGCUGUUGCACAGUCAUGACUUCGUGCCGCUGCGCGGUAAAGGUAAUGGAGGAGGAACUGGAGGCUUCGGAGGAGGAAAUUCGGCUACGGGAUAUUCGUAUGGAGUAGUCGAAGGUCUGCAGUCUGAUGGUGAUUUUGAUGACUAUCGUGACGUACCAUCGCCGUACUUAAGUCGACCGUUAUUGGGUGGUGGCGAUGGACCUAAGUCGUUCGUAUCGAUGACUCGCAGCAAUUCAGACGAGGCCGAUCCCGGUGACGUAUUCAACAUCGAUCACGGRCGUGGCUCUUAUGGCGGCGUUAAGGGUCCACCACGUGAUCACCGAGGUUACUCGUCCGCAGACCACGAUUACGAGGACGAUACAUACCGCGGUCACGAACCUGCGAAGUCGGUACCGAUUUCGCCGUACUACUAUCGCUCUGGCGAUUACGCUCACGAACCAUCAUCGACUUCGGUCCAGUCCAAGAUACACGACACCGACGGAAAGCCGCCGAAGUCGAAGGCCUACUGGAGGAUGUCGUACGUGCAGGACAUUUAGGAACCACCUCACCGA